CUAAAAUAGGACUGAGACAGGUGUCAUAAACAGAGGAUCGGGUCGCUACGCUCCGGUUGCUGCCCCAGUAAGUAAUUAAGGCAUGUCAUUAAGGCUACAGUAGAUUGUACCUUCGUAAGUAAUUACUGACUUAUUUUUCACCGUUCCUCCGGAGUGCCGUAGUUGGUUUAUACGAAGGUAUCUGCUUCAUGUGAGACAUUCCCUUGCAACAAUGCGCUUGUCGUUUUUGGCGGAGUGGAAGUGCUUUGACGCGUUUGCUUUAAAGUACGCGUCGUUCGCAGUAUGCACGUUUAUCUUGAUAACUUUCACGUGGCAGGAAUUGCACUCUAUCUUACAGCCACAAAGAGUACAACUGCCGAAGAAGUGCAGUGCGCCUUGCUGCCGACAACAUCUCGUUUCCGUGCUACCGAGUGCGGCUUCGUCGCUGGUAGACGUGCGCACGAGACCUUGUCGAAAGUCUUGGGGUUUCGCGAACGGCGCUGUUCAAGCACGUUUUCCAGCUGAGCGAGGGAAGACGUGUCAAGAGGUCGUGACCUCUGGUGCCGACUCAAUCGCGUGCCGCGAAUCGCCACAGUCCCACUCAGAUAGGGCUCAUCAAUGUAAACUGAGUGGCGUGUGCACGUCCACUUCAUCAACUUGUCUCAGACAUCUCUGUGCACAGCUUUUGAGCAGAGAAGCCGGUUUCGCUCGAAACUCAAACAGAAACUUUAAGGGCAUUUCCACUCCCGACUUGAACGAAACGUUAGAAGUACUCAUCGAGAACACUCACGUUCGUGCUUAUCUUAACUCUGUGAACGCUUUUCGUGAUCGAGAGAGUUAUUCCGUUCUUCUGAAUGCCUUAAACGUCUCUAUGGAAAAUUUGUUGGGGCAGAAACUUCCGAAUUCUGAGAUAUAUGCCCUUGGCAUACUGACUUGUUCUGCUGCUGCGAUGGCUGCGAUCCCUUUUGACGAGGACAUGAAAUUACUGAUACCAGCUCUUGAUCAAGCAGACAAAAAUUUAAAGCGUGACGCAGAAUUGCACGAUAUGAGUGCACCAUUGUUAGCCGUGACCUACAGUAACAAACUCAACCCCGGCCUCGACCUUUUGAUCGAAAGCUCACAGUUGCAUGACGUUCCUAUUCACGUACUCGGUUGGGGUGAAAAGCAUCCACAGCCGGCUCAAAAGUUAAAGGCAACCCUGAAAUUCCUCUCGAGAAUUGAUCCUAGCACAACUGUACUAUUCGUUGAUGCUUUCGACUCGAUCAUAGUGAAGGACAGUUACGAAAUCUUACGACGCUUCAAGGAGUUCAACUCGUCAUCACUUAUCUUUGGGGCGGAAAAUAACUGCUUCCCUCUGUCUUAUCCAUAUUUCAAUCUCGGUUAUGACUUCUGUGGCGAUGAGAACUACAUAUUGAAGCAUAAGGGCUAUCCCUCAUAUUUGAAUUCGGGCCAGUGGAUCGGCAAAGCAGGAGUUGCACGUAGACUAUUUUCGCACUAUAUGCUCCUUGUUGGCGAGGACCUUGCCGAAACAUUCACUGGUACCGAUCAGUACGCGAUGGAGCUCAUGCGCAUGACGAAAGCGUGGAAUAUAGAGGUCGAUCACGAAGCUCGACUGUUCCAGGUCGGUUUAAGUUACUCAGACGAACAAAUUGCGUCCGGAGACACGGCGGUAUGGCACUUCAAUGGACAGAAACCCCGAGCGCGCACCUGGGGCUCGAAGCAUGUUCAUGAGCUCUGCGUGAACAUCAAAGCACGUGAUGAGCUUGGCGGGGCAUCCGUGCACGUGCACGCGGCUUGAUCAUAUAGUGUACUCGGCAGGGAGUGCUCGCAACUUAAAUAUGUACCAAAGUAUAAACUGUCAUAUAAGACAGUUUCCACAGGUAUGAAUUCGUGAUUCCCUGGGAACGAGAAGGUUUUUUCCAAGGAAAUCGAUUUAUUGUAGAACGAUGCCGUUGGAUGGCUAGUUUAUGCAAUUUAAUCUUGGGCCUCAGCAAAUAAUGGCUCAACGAAUAAGAGAUCGGUGCAUUACGCGCUAGUAUACACACUACCUUCGAAGGUACACAGCAACGCAGCAGUCACACAUGGGCGGCAAGAUUUAAUAUCCCGGGAAAACCUCGAACCUGGUAUGGCUACCUGUUAUGGCUACCUUGGCGCAAGUGCAAGGAUGAUUCAGAUCUGCCCAAAAGAUCGAUGAUGAGGCGCGAAGAGGAACUCUGGGUUAUCACAGUCCAGACACGACAACUUUCGCUCACGAUAAUUGAGGGCAUGAUAGAACUUGGAAAUAUAGCGACGUUACUCUCGUU